UUCAGUAUAAACGCAGCCGUCGUAUUAUCGUCACGUCAACACUUGCCUUAUUUCGUAUGUUCCUAAUUAUGAACUUUUUGUACGAGUGUAAAUGUAAAUUUUGUUUUGUCUGAAGUGUUUUUAUUUAAAUGCAGUACCCGUUCGGACUUGUAAAAAUGUUAUUGUGAAGUGACACUGACUGUGGUUCCAGUAUUUGUUUUGUGUGACUCUUCGUUUUGUUGGCAUGAUGAUGAUGGACCAAGCUCACUUUGGAGAAUAUUUGCUGAGACAACAGAUGUUACAUGCAGCGUCCCUUAGCGGAUUGCAGCAUCGCGUGGGCGCGGACGCUGAGCCGCCGGCGUGCGAGGCGAGACUACUCAAUGGAGAUCUGUGGCGGCGAUUCCACGAUAUUGGUACUGAGAUGAUCAUCACCAAAGGAGGACGACGCAUGUUUCCAUCACUCCGGGUUUCGCUUGCCGGGUUGGACCCUCGUGAAGAGUACUGCGUUCUCCUUGAAAUGUCUCUGGUGGGACGCCGACGCUGGCGGUGGGCCGGGGGAGCGUGGGCAGCCGCUGGUGGCGCGGAACCCCAGUCACCAAGGAGGCUGAUGCUGCACCCCGACUCACCAGCUCCCGGACACCACUGGACUGCCAACCCAGUAUCAUUCAGUAAACUCAAGUUGACGAACAACACCAUGGAUGCACAAGGCCAUAUGGUUCUUACAUCAAUGCACAAAUACAGACCAAGAGUUUUAGUAGUACGAGCAAGAGACGCAGCCGCGCUGGCCUGGGGCGCGCCUCAUGCCUCCUUCUCAUUCCCGGAGACGGAAUUCAUAGCCGUCACUGCUUACCAGAAUGAUCGUAUCACCAAAUUGAAGAUUGACAACAAUCCCUUCGCCAAAGGUUUCCGUGCUUGUGGUCAGUCUAAAUGUAAAAGAAAGAGUGUAGAACCAGGGAACGACAGCACAGAGCAAACAUGUACAGAAUCAAGUGAAGCUAAGCGUCCGUGUUCCGACGCAGCGUCUUCUUGCUCCGAAGAAGGAAGUUUAAGAUCGUCAUCGCCGAGAUCACCGCCACUCGUUGAGUCUCCUGCACCAUUGGUCGCUUCUCCUGAAAAUAUUACCCCUCCUCCUGUUCCAUUGUAUCCCCCUGAAUUGCAAUACUUGAGUCCUCUUCAUAUGCCGAUGCCUUUAGGUCUUUGGCCAAACACUUCUGUACAUAAUGGGUUCGCAUGGGGACCGUCUUUACCACCACCACCCCGUGCACCUUCCCCACCCUCCGCUGCUCCGGCGCCUUGCCGACGUAUCAAGAGUUUCACGAUCAGCGCUCUACUUGGCGAAGGUUGACCUUUUUCAUUGAUUUAAUAGAAAUAAGGCUGAUAAAUAAGGACAGCUAAUUAUUUUGAAGUAUUAAAAGAAGACGAGGGACCAAAUUUAAUCUGCAAUAUGUUAAUCGCUCUAGAUAAGUUAAGAAAUUGUGCUUUCAAAAUUUUGUGUUUUAAAAAUUGUUACGUCCUUCUUUUAUGUACCACUAGUACCUAUAUCCUGUUGGAAUAGACUAAAUGAAAAUGUAAACAAAUGAAUAGUUAGCUACGACCAUUGACAGUAUUUUGAUGUCCAGUAAUAUAAAUAAAAAAUCAAUUAAGCAAUAACAUGUUUCAAUUCGUUAUUGUUUUCAUUUGGAGAAUAUUUCUGGAUGAAUGGUUAAUUUCAACAUUUGGUUAUAUUUUCAUUAAUUCUAUUGGAAGAGUCUAUACAUAUCUUUACCACAAAAUACUUGCCAAUUAAUAUAAAAUUUAAAAGUAGCAAUUAUUUGUAAAGAUGAUUUUAUGAAUACCAAUUCUUAUUUUAUAAUAUUAUUGUCUUUAUUACAUUAACUACCUCGUAGUAUUACUUAAAUAUAUUGUACUUGGAAUUUAUGCUAUUGUGAUAACCGUGCCUUAUCUGAAGCAAAUGAAAUAAUAUUAUUAUGCUUAGUACUUAUUAUAAUGUUAAUAUUGCAUAUUACUAUAUGAAGUAGUUCAUAAGUUUGUCAAAAGAUCUUUAUUUAAAGUGCUUAAUGUUAAAAGGUAAAUUUUUUAUUAUGAAAUAUUUAAGUUCUAUACGUAAGAUAAUUUACAUAAGCAACAAAUAAAUAAUUGUCUAUUGUUUAUAUCGAUUACGAUUAGUGUAUAUAAUAAAAUCAAUGUAAAUAUGUAAAUAUCUUGUAUUUACCUGUCAAAGUCAACUUUUAUAAAGUAAAUAUAUUAUUUUUC